UCAUUUUCCAUCAAUAUUCAUUAUUUUAGUCAAACGUGUAAAGGAAAAUCGGUAAAACAUUCUUCUGCCACGCACACCCCAUCCUUUCCGCCAUGGCAGAAACUGUCACCAGCACAGCAGCAGCAAACAGGUAUGCAGUCGUUACAGGGGCAAACAAGGGAAUAGGAUUUGAAAUCUGUAGGCAAUUAGCUUCGAAUGGAAUCACGGUUGUAUUGACAGCCAGAGAUGAGAAAAGGGGUACAGAAGCUCUGGAGAAACUCAAAGGGUCUGGACUCACUGAUCUUGUGGUGUUUCAUCAGCUUGAUGUGGCUAACCCAUCUAGUAUUGCUUCCCUUGCUGAUUUUGUCAAGAACCAGUUUGGGAAGCUUGAUAUCUUGGUGAACAAUGCUGGGAUUAGUGGGGUCGUGAUGGAUUGGGAUGCUUUCCAUGCUUCAGGGGCUGCUGCUGCUCUUGCUAAUCCGUCUACCAAUUGGAACCAAAUAAAUUGGAAUGAGUUGAUGACUCAGACUUACGAGGGGGCGCUGGAAUGUUUGGAAACAAACUACUAUGGAGCAAAAAGGAUGAUUGAAGCAUUUCUUCCCCUCCUCCAGUUAUCGGAUUCGCCAAGGAUUGUCAAUGUUUCUUCUAGCUUGGGAAAGCUAAAGUUUAUACCAAGCGAACGGGUUCAAGGAGUAUUGAAUGAUGCUGAAACCCUCACCGAAGAUACAAUACAUGAGUUACUAAACGAGUUUCUCCAAGAUUUCAUGGAGAAUUCAUUAGAAAGCAAAGGUUGGCCCGCCUUUCACUCUGCUUAUAAAGUAUCCAAAGCAGCUAUGAACGCAUACACAAGAAUUCUGGCCAAGAAGUAUCCAACUUUCCGCAUCAACUGUGUAUGCCCUGGUUAUGUCAAAACCGACAUUACCAACAACAGUGGUAUUUUUAGCGUAGAAGAAGGUGCUGAACAUCCAGUGAGAUUAGCCCUGCUUCUUGAUGAUGGUCCCACUGGCAUCUUCUUUGUUCGGAAAGAAGUAGCUUCUUUUGUUGAGUGAGUAUUACUACUUCCAAUCUCACAGAUGAGGGUGGAAGCAUAUACUGUGAUAUUCAUGUAACCAAUGUUAUAAACAACUUGAGCCUCGGGGCAAUCAAACUAUAUCGUGAAUGUCAGCAUGCAUGUAAAAUAAGUAUGUUAUGAUUUUUAAUGUCACACUCUGAUGGUUUGCGCUAUAAAUGGUUUGUAAUAUUUCACAGAUUUUUGUGCCAGUAAACUACGGGCACAGAUGGUUUAUUAGUUUAGACAGCAGACUACAAAACAUUGGAUUGGUUCUUGUUCUACCUUUGUAUCAUUGGAGUAAGAUGAGAUAGCAAUUUGUGGUAAUGGAG